GCCUGGGCUCCAUCACCCUACUGCCUCUUCUCACGUCCGACUGAACACGACCGUGCGCGCUGCGCGCAAGUGUUAUUAACCUUCUAAUUGGCUCUUUUUUGCUUCUUGACGGCGCCUCUGUCCAGAAGUACACAGGGUUGUUCAGUCGGAUGUGAGAAGAGACGGAAUACUCCUUUCUAUCCGGAGAAAUAAAAUGCACGUGGGCGACCAGACUCUACUACCCAGCGCAGAACGAUCAAUCUACUAUGCUAGCAGUGCUCCAUUAGCCCACACACCGAAUACCCCGCCAACCCAGUUAACAACCAUCCCUAACUUCCGAGAUGUUGGAGCCAUCAUCAAUGGAUACAAGCCCUCGAGCUCUUUUGGGGAAAACACCGCUCGACAGCCUUUGAGGACUGGGAUCCUGUUCCGAGGUGCCCGUCCUGAUGAGGCGUCGUUCCAAGAUAAACAGCGCCUAUUGAAGGAUUAUAAAAUAAAAAGCAUAGUGGAUUUGAGGACCAAAACAGAACAUAUCGAACAAGCGAGGCGACGCGAUGCCAGAAUCAGAACCUCUGCCGCAGUCCCACAAUCGAACGAAGAUGUUGCGAAGCCCCUGAAGAUUCCUGGAAUCAAGUAUCAUGAUAUCAACUUCAACGGCUCUGCUUUUUCCCGCAUGCUGAUUUCCAAGCUGUCCUGGCUCGAGUUCUUCUGGCUCAUUGUGCUCAUGCUUUUCGGAUAUCGACUUGACGCUGUCAAAAUCCUCGCGCCGCACAUGGAAUCAAUGGGCCUCAGCGGCCUUGCAACGGAGUCUCUGGAUGUAUGCACCAAGGAGGUUCGGAAAUUCUUCGAAGUCCUGACGGAUGAGCAAAACCUCCCUGUAUUCGUGCAUUGCACGCAGGGGAAAGAUCGAACCGGGUUGGUCAUCAUGCUCGUCCUCUUUCUGCUGGGUGUCAGUGAAGAUGCGAUUACCUAUGAUUACAUGUUAUCGGGUCCAGCAUUGGAACCCGAGAGGCAGGAGCGGUUGAAGGAAAUUGCAAGCAUUGGACUUUCAGAGCACUUUGCAAGCGUCCCUCCUGAUGUUGUUGAACUGGUUCAUCGGCACAUCCAUGCGAGAUACGGAGGGAUAGAAGCGUAUUUGGAAUCAGUCGGGGUUGACAUCUAUAUGAGAAAUCAGGUGAAGCGCUUGCUGCUUGCGUGAUUGCUUGUACCCGAAUACAGAG